AUGAAAAACAUAGAAGCAAGGCUAACAAUAUAUUUCAUUGCAAGCCGGAUUUCCUUGGUCUAUGCGACUUUUGAAGUUGAUCACAAGAGUUCCGAGGUUGGCAGCGAUUAUGGCAAACGCAAGUCCCGAGCUUUCAAAAUGGUUGCAAAAGACUGGGGUUGCGAUGUCAAACAAGUCAAACAAGUUGAAAAACGAGGGAAAAGCUAUAUUAACUUGAUGAGAGACAAUCUGGCUAUUAUAUUAGAAUUGAAGCCCGAAGUUUCUGGAAUUUGUGAAUACCAACUAACAAAUCGACUGCGGCAAGCGAUCGCUCGUUGGCACCAACAACGGUAUCCUAGUGAAAAGAGGAUUGAGAGGUCUAUCUUAGCUGCAAAAAUCAUACUUCAAGGAUUACAUACAUAUGGAAAAGGGCAAUAUUCUUAUUCCUCGCUUAGGGAUUCCCCGAGCCGUUUAUUAAAUGAAGUGAAGCGACACAUGACCUGGGACAACGACGGUAUCAUCACGCCCAAACCCCUCUCCGAGCUACUGGAUAAUCCGGGCCGGCCAUCUACCAGACUGGAAAAUGCUGCGAACACACCAGGAUCGAGUACCGCCCAGUUUCACCCGCCCGAAACUGUAAAUCCUCAGGCCAGCCCCGAUUUCAAUGGAAUGAAUAUGGAUAGCUACAACAACGCAUACCAAGAUCAAGCGCCAAAUAUGUCCGACACCGGUCUUCCGCCCAGCUGCAUUUGCGAGUUUCAUAGAAAUUGA